AUGGCUAGUGUCGAUGAUAUCUUCAAGAGCUCCGGCAUCUCAGGCAAGCGCAAGCUUGAUCCCAUUCGAGAUCCAAACGAAAUUUAUAAAUCCGCAAAAUUUAACACCAACGACUCAAACCGCCAUGCUCAAGUCGACGAUGCGCAAGACGAAGAUGAAGAUAUGGAAGCUGGCCCAGCACCUCCUCCCGCCGAAGACGACGAUUUCGGCCCCGAGUUACCUCCUGAUGACGACGAAGGCCGCUUCUUCGGUGGUGGUAUAACGAAACAAGAAUCAGAGAUCCUCGACUAUGUAGACGAAGCCGACGGCGGCAAUGCGCCCGAAAAGAUUGACGCAGCUUGGUUGCGGAAAACCGCUCUCAAUUUCGAGAAGCGUAUCAACAAGAACGCCGAGCUUCGCGCCAAAUUCGAAAACGACCCUCAAAAGUUUAUUAGCAGCGAAGCCGAUCUUGAUGCUGACAUCAAAGGCCUCUCUCUUCUCUCGGAACACCCUGAACUAUACACAGAAUUCGUCAAGACAGGAUGUGUCGCCAGUCUAGUCAGCCUUUUGGCGCAUGAAAACACCGACAUUGCCAUCGACGCUAUCGAGAUUAUGGGCGAGUUGACCGAUGAGGACGUUUCUGCAGAGGAAGAACAGUGGAAUGGCUUGGUAGAUGCCAUGAUGGACGCUGAUCUUCUGGGCCUUCUUGUCUCCAACUUCUCUCGCCUGAACGAAGACGAUGAAUCAGAUCGCAAUGGUAUUUACCAUGCUUUAGGGGUGAUUGAAAACUUGUGUUCUCGACAAUCUGUCGCUGAACGCGUGGGUGAGGACGAGAAGCUUCUACAGUGGCUCCUUCAGCGCAUUCAACGAAAGGAGGACCUUGUCACUCAGAACAAGCAAUAUGCUGCAGAGAUUCUGGCAAUUCUUUCUCAAAUAUCUACCGCCAACCGAACCCAAUUAAUACGCCUUGACGCGGUGGAUCUCCUUCUUCAGCUCGCAGCCCCUUACCGAAGACGCGAUCCAGACAAGGGUGGUGAGGAGGAAGAGUACAUGGAGAAUAUUUUUGCCACCCUAACGUGCUUGACGGAUGAAUCUACCGGAAAGACAAAGUUCAUCGAGGCUGAGGGCGUAGAGCUCUGUCUUAUUAUGCUCAAGGAGGGAAAGAAGAGCAAGCAACCUGCUCUUCGUCUCGUCAACCACGCCGCAGGCGGCAACUCUGGCGUCGAAGUCUGUCAAAAGAUCGUCGAGGCCGGUGGACUCAAGUCACUCUUUACUCUAUUCAUGAAGACUCAGGAUCACCGACUAGCAGAGCAUCUUGUGGAGAUCUUCGCUUCAAUGCUGCGUCUCUUACCCGCCAACUCGGCAGAAAGGAUACGAACACUAGCAAAGUUCGUUGAGAAAGAUUACGAGAAGAUCACAAAGCUCAUCAAGUUUCGCCGGGAUUAUGUUGCCAGGCUUUCACUGGCAGAGCAGCAAAAUGACGCCGAGAAGGCCGUUACCUCAGCAGAUGAUAAAGAAAUAGCUGAGCUGGAAUGGUUGUCUCGAAGAAUCGAUGCUGGUCUCUUUACACUACAGACGAUUGAUACGGUUUUGGCUUGGUUGGUAGCAGAAGACACAGGCGCAUCACGCAAGGUUAAGCAAGUGCUUGCCGAGCGAGACGAAAAGGUUUCAGUAAUUGGGCGUACAUUAAAGGAGCAGUUGGAUGCUCUGGACACAACAGAGGAGAACCAGGAUCUAAGGGACAUGUUGAGUACUCUAGUCGAGUUUGUUCAGUAA